AUGAAGACAUGGAGAGCCAGAUGGUCGCCAUACGAGUCAUAUGACGGUGAAGAUGGUAAUGAUGAUGGAGAAUGGGAGCGGGUCGGCCAUGCGGAAACGGACGUGUCAGACUACGAGGAACUCCACGGCCACCGGCUGAUGCCGGUAGUAAUGAAAGGCGGCCUCUGGGUCAUCGACCGCCUGCUUGUGAUGUGGGUCGCAUCUGCCAUGAGCGGCCCAGCAGCGCUGAUUCCAUGGAAGCUCUGGGCCUCCGAUGACGACUCCGUCGGCCUUGUCUUCGGGGAGCUGGACAUCCACCGCGUGCACGGCCUCCGCCACGGCGUGGAGUGGGGAUUUGAUCUCUGGAAGAUGCGUCAGGUUGGUGCCCUUGGUGGCCUGGGCCCACUUCUGCCCAGCGGGAAGCCGCAGAGGGUGAAGUUCGUUGGAGCUCCAGGCCGGACAGGGUUCAAUGCCACUAGCCAGCGUGAUACGAAGGAGAUCGUCCUUGCGUGUUUCUGGGUGGAAGUAUCGACCGAGUUGGAAGAAUUGGUUGAGGUUGAAAUAGAAGCAGAGGUGAGGAUUGCUCCCGCAGCGAAGACUGCGGCGGUGCCUAAGGUGUCUGUUCCGACUCCGCCGGCGUAUCCUCCUGAUCCUAAGAUUACUGCUCCGAAGACUCCUCCCAAGAAUCCACCGAAGCCUCCAGCGUCAAGGCAGAGCCAGGAGAGUCAGGCUGCAGUGAUCCCGAAGGUGCCGCCGAAGUCAGCUCUCACUUCAGAUCCUAUUGUUGACCUACCGAGGAGCGUCUUGUUGUAUUCACCAGACACUUUUAGCAGGUGCAACUUCAGAGUCGAAGAUAGCCAGCGGCUUGAGGGCAAGGUCGUCGUAUUUGAUUUUCACAACGUGAUUGACCGAUAUUAUUGGGCACCUCGCGUUGGACAGCGGAAGCAGCAGUAUAAGAUUCCUUACCCGAACGAGGCACCGGAGUUGCUCUCGGACGUUCAGGGUCUUCUUAGGCGUGUCCACAGAGCUGCAGAGGAGGCGGGAGCAUUGGUGGUGAUUUGCUCCCACAUUGGUGAGGGAUCCAGGAGCAUCGAGGAUUGGGCCUUGGACACCCUUCGAAACACCUUUAUACAAUCUGUUGGUCAACGCCAAGCCGAUUUAGUCAUCAUCACUCGAUCCCGCACAGGACGCCUCGGAAAGCUUGACAUCUGUCGACGCCUUUUCCAGCAGCCAUCGUUGUUGAUAAUAGACGAUAACACGGGGAUCUGUGAGGAGUGGAGCAGAUCGGCUAACGCUGCUGCGUUUCACAUCCAAUUGCCUCGGCGGGAUCUGCCGUCAAUUGGUCGUUCCUUUUCCUCGAUUUUCGAGGCGGCUCGGCCCGGAAAGGAGAAGAAGAAGGUUGACGAUUCAGAUGCGACGGACCUUGCCAGUAAAGGUCUGCCUACGCGCUUGCCAGAGAAAGGCAUCGUGCAGUCAGAGACGCGCCGGAACAGCCGGGAGAUUCCAUUUGCCCGCGAAGUCUCCCUCUCCGGGAAUCCUUCGUCGAUAGCCUCGGCAGCAGUAGGUCCCGUCGACGCCAGCGAGUCCGUGCCCUGCCGCCGUGUGCGCUACGAGGAGGGUGAGAAGGGCGAUGCUGCAGCUGCCGGCACCCACAGCUGGCCGCUGGCGAUGUCGCGGGAGCGCUUUAGGGACUCUGACAGCUUUGCCAUGUGGGUUUGGGGGUUGGAUUUAGGUAGUUGUGACCCAAGUACAGCUGGUCUGAAUUGA